AUGGCUCAAGUUCCAACGUAAGUUUUUUUAGUAGAUGAAUUUUCAGUCAAUUUUUAAUUGUGUUUCAGACACAAAGACGAAAAGGAGAAAAGAAAUGAUGAGUUAUCAACAGCUAUUCUGAAGGUGAAUAUUUUCGAGUACCCUUUCUCACUUAAAAAAUUAUAAUUUUCAGGACAAAGCUCGACCAAACAGAUUAAUCAUUGAUCAAUCUGAAAAUGAUGAUAAUUCAAUGAUCAUGCUUUCACAAACAAAAAUGGAUGAACUCAGUCUUUUCCGAGGAGAUUCAGUCCUUUUGAAAGGCAAAAAACGUCGCGAGACUGUUGCCAUCGUUUUAUCCUCCGAUAAUUGUUCGAAUGAUAAAGUCAAAAUGAAUCGUGUUGUCAGAAAUAAUUUGAGAAGUCGUCUUGGAGAUGUUGUCAGUGUUACUGGUCAUCAACUCGAAUACGGUAAAAGAGUUCACGUUUUGCCAAUUGAUGAUACUAUCGAAGGACUUACUGGGUUAGCUGUUUUUAUACUUCUAUUGGAAUCGUUUUUUGAACUUUACAUAUUUCAGAAACGUAUUUGAUGUUUUCCUUCGCCCAUACUUCACUGAUGCUUAUCGUCCAGUUCACAAAGGUGAUAUAUUCACAGUUCAAGCAGCAAUGAGAACCGUGGAAUUCAAGGUUGUGGAAACUGAUCCAUCUCCAGCCUGUAUUGUCGCUCCAGACACCGUCAUUCACUACGAAGGAGAUCCGAUUAAACGCGAAGAAGAGGAAGAAUCAUUGAAUGAAAUCGGAUACGAUGAUCUUGGUGGAGUUCGCAAACAACUCGCUCAAAUCAAAGAAAUGGUCGAAUUACCAUUGAGACAUCCUCAAUUAUUCAAAGCAAUUGGUGUCAAACCACCACGUGGAAUUCUUCUCUUCGGACCACCGGGAACCGGAAAAACACUCAUCGCCCGAGCUGUUGCUAAUGAAACUGGUGCAUUCUUCUUCCUCAUCAAUGGUCCAGAAAUCAUGUCAAAGAUGUCGGGAGAAUCGGAAUCGAAUUUGAGAAAAGCAUUUGCUGAAUGCGAGAAGAAUUCACCAGCCAUUUUAUUCAUUGAUGAAAUUGAUGCGAUUGCACCAAAAAGAGAGAAGGCUCACGGAGAAGUUGAGAAAAGAAUUGUGUCACAAUUGUUAACUCUUAUGGAUGGUUUGAAGACUCGUGCUCAUGUUGUUGUUAUUGCGGCUACAAAUAGACCAAAUUCGAUUGAUGGAGCAUUGAGACGUUUUGGUAGAUUUGAUCGUGAAAUCGAUAUUGGUAAGUUUCAGUUGGCAAAAAAAUAUGUUAAAAUUCGAAAAAAUAACAGGGCUAAUCAAAUAUUUUCUCAGUUUUCUUGGAUUUUCUUAACCUUUUCAGCGUUGGAAAAAUAAGUUGAAUAGCCCCUGGUCUAGGGCGGAAUUAUUAAUUAUUUUUCUCACAGGAAUUCCGGACGCUGUCGGUAGACUUGAAAUUCUUCGUAUCCACACCAAAAACAUGAAAUUGGGUGAUGAUGUUGAUUUGGAACAAGUUGCCAACGAAUGUCAUGGUUAUGUUGGUGCUGAUUUGGCUUCGCUUUGUUCCGAAGCUGCACUUCAACAAAUCCGUGAAAAGAUGGAGUUGAUCGAUUUGGAAGAUGAUACAAUUGAUGCGGAAGUUUUGAACUCCUUGGCCGUCACAAUGGAAAACUUCCGUUUCGCAAUGGGCAAAUCAUCACCAUCUGCACUUCGUGAAGCUGUUGUUGAAACACCAAAUACAACAUGGAAUGAUAUUGGUGGACUUCAAAAUGUUAAACGAGAAUUGCAAGAAUUGGUUCAAUAUCCAGUCGAGCAUCCUGAAAAAUAUCUUAAAUUCGGAAUGCAACCAUCAAGAGGUGUUUUGUUUUAUGGUCCACCUGGAUGUGGUAAAACAUUGUUGGCUAAAGCGAUUGCCAAUGAAUGUCAAGCAAAUUUCAUUUCAAUCAAGGGACCUGAAUUAUUGACAAUGUGGUUUGGAGAAUCUGAAGCGAAUGUGAGAGAUGUUUUUGAUAAAGCAAGAGCUGCUGCUCCAUGUGUUUUGUUCUUUGAUGAAUUGGAUUCGAUUGCAAAAUCAAGAGGUUCUGGAUUGGGUGAUGCUGGAGGUGCUUCAGACAGAGUUAUUAAUCAAGUUCUCACUGAAAUGGAUGGAAUGAAUGCGAAGAAAAAUGUUUUCAUUAUUGGAGCUACAAAUAGACCGGAUAUUAUUGAUCCAGCUGUUCUUCGUCCAGGUCGACUUGAUCAAUUGAUCUAUAUUCCAUUGCCAGAUGAAGCAUCAAGACUUCAAAUUUUCAAGGCUUCGUUGAGAAAAACACCAUUGGCAAAGGAUUUGGAUUUGAACUUUUUGGCUAAAAACACUGUUGGAUUCUCUGGAGCUGAUUUAACCGAAAUUUGUCAAAGGUUUGUAGUAGAGAAACAUUGAAGAUGUGAAUAAUUCCAAUUUAAUUUUUGUUUCUAGAGCAUGUAAAUUGGCUAUUCGUGAAUCGAUUGAAAAAGAGAUUCGUGAUGAAAAAGAUCGACAAGAACGUCGUGCUCGUGGUGAAGAAUUGAUGGAAGAUGAUUUGGCUGAUCCAGUUCCGGAAAUUACUCGUGCUCAUUUUGAAGAAGCUAUGAAAUUCGCUAGAAGAUCUGUUUCUGAUAAUGAUAUUAGAAAGUGAGUUUUAUUCUUAGCAUCGGCUUUUGGAUCGAAAUAUCUCAAAUUUUAGACCUAAAAAUGGCCAUUUUGUGUUCAGAAAAAAUUCUAGACCUAAAAUCUAUACUCAUUCUCAAGUUAAAGGUCCAAAACAGAGGCUUAUUCAGACUCAAAAAAAACCAAAUUUUAGGCCUGCCUUCUAGGCUUAUUCAGGCUCUAAUACUGACCGAAAUUUCAACAUCUGAAUCUAGGCUUAUUUCCUCGAAUAUUAGGCAUAAGAUAUAGGCUUUGUUAGGCUCAAAAAUUCGAGCCGAAAAUCUAGGAUAAUUUAGCCCUAAAAAUCCCCGAACGGCAUAAGAUAGGCCUAAUUGGGCUCAAAAAAUCUCAAAAUCUCGUGCCUGAAUUCCACGCUUAUUUAAUUUAUGAACCCCUUCCAAUAAUUUUUUUCCAGAUAUGAAAUGUUUGCCCAAACUCUUCAACAAUCUCGUGGUUUUGGAAACAAUUUCAAAUUCCCAGGCGAGCCAAAUGCAGCUCCAACUUCCGGCGGUCAACCAGUUGGUGGUGGUGCAGCUGGAAACGAUGAUGAUGAUUUGUACAGUUAA